CAAAACGGAAAGUGUCUUGAUAACUAACGAUGGAUUUGAGUGUAUUUGUGAAGGUUCUUUUAAUUCUGAGUGUAUUAAUCGGCGCUUUUGCAACUAAAAAUGAUAAGGAUUAUGAUUAUCAUCGGAAAAGUCCCCAAAGAAAACGAAAAAAUCAUCGGGAUCAAGAUAAUAAUAAAGAUUUAGACGAAAAAAAGGAUGUUAAGAAAUAUUUCCAGGAUAUUUAUUCAGCUCAAUUAAUCCCGGACGAAAAAGAAUUCGGUCAUGUUUUUGAAGAUCCAUUAAGAUGGGAGCAAAGAUUUGAAAAAAUUCAUUUAGACAAUAAUAGGCAUCAAGGAAAAGUGAAAUGGGGCGAUGAUAAAGGGGGUUAUGGCGAAUAUUAUUUCGAUUUUAAUCACGGUGGUGGCGAAGAUGAUGAUGGAGAUAAAGAAAAUGAGAAAAAUGAUGAAAAAACUAAUAAAAAAGGUGAUGAUAUCGAUUUGUAUCAUCAUGAUGACGUCGAAAUUUUACCCGGUUAUGAUUUUAAAGAUAAAGCCCCUUACCAUGGGGGAAAUUAUAAAAAAUUAGAUUAA